UUCCGGUGAGAGCUUUCUCCUGGAGUGGGAGGCGGUUUACUGCGGAGCCCCGGCGGUAGGUGGUUUGGAAUAGGUAUGAGUGAUUUCAGUGAAGAAUUGACAAAGACCAUUUCAGAGGAUGACCAGGUGGAAACAUCUGUGCUCACUGGUACAGGAAUGUAUUUUCCUUGGCUUCAGAAGCAUUUAGAAACUGUAGUGACUGGAGGGAAAAAGAAGAAAGAUUUUGCUCAGACAACAAGUGCUUGUUUAAAUUUUAUCCAAGAAGCUCUUCUGAAGCACGAGUGGCAGCAAGCUGCAGAGUAUAUGUACAGCUAUUUGCAGACCUUGGAAGAUUCAGACACCUACAAAAAGCAGGCUGCACCCGAGGUUAUUUGGAGGCUUGGAAGUGAAAUUCUCUUUUAUCACCCCAAAAGCAAUGUGGAGACUUUCAAUACCUUUGCUGACCGAAUGAAAAAUAUUGGUGUCCUGAAUUAUGUAAAGAUCUCCUUACAACAUGCAUUGUACCUUAUGCAUCAUGGAAUGCUUGAGGAUGCAAACAGAAAUCUAAGUCAGGCAGAGACAUGGAGAUAUGGUGAAAAAUCGUCUUCUCAGGAAAUAUUAAUCAACCUUGUUCAGGCCUACAAAGGGCUUUUGCAGUAUUAUACGUGGUCCAAAAAGAAAGCUGAAUUGUCAAAGCUUGAUGAAAAUGAUUAUGCAUACAGUUCAGCAACCCAAAGUAUGCUCAGUGACAGCUGGAAGACAUCUGUAAAUAUUUGUGGAUUGAUUAAAACUCCUGGAGUUUGGGACCCUUUUGUGAAGAGUUAUGUAGAGAUGUUGGAAUUCUAUGGUGAUCAAGAUGAAGCCCGAAAGAUACUUACUAAUUAUGCUUAUGAUGAAAAGUUCCCAUCAAAUCCGAAUGCCCAUAUAUACUUAUACAAUUUUCUAAAGAAGGAAAAGGCACCAAGAGCGAAACUGUUAAGUGUGCUUAAGAAUUUGUAUCAGAUUGUACCCUCGCAUAGACUGAUGUUAGAAUUCCAUAUGUUACUUAGAAAAUCAGAAAAAGAAGAACUCCGUAAAUUGGGGUUGAAAGUAUUGUUUGGAGUCCUGGAUUUUGCUGGAUGCACUAAGAACAUAACUGCAUGGAAAUAUUUGGCUAGAUAUUUGAGACAGCUCUUAAUGGAGAAUCGUCUUGCGUGGGUUCAAGAAGAAUGGAAUUCCAGGAAAAGCUGGUGGCCAACCUUUCACUUCAGCUACUUUUGGGCAAAAAGUGAUUGGAAGGAAGAUACAGAUUUGACCUGUGAGAAAGCUUUUAUAGCUGGAAUACUGUUAGGAAAAGGCUGUAGAUAUUUUCGGUAUAUUUUAAAACAAGAUCAUCAAGUGUUAAAGAAGAAAAUUAAGCGGAUGAAGAAAUCAGUGAAAAAAUACAGUAUUGUAAAUCCAGGAGUCUGAUAUUAAAUUUUAGUUAUUUCACAGUUGUAGCCACACUGUAGUAGCAGUAGAUUGUUACUAAAUAUAUUUAUUUGAUAGUUUAAGAAAGUAUGACUAUAGAAAGUAUUUAUAUGACUAUAGAAAGUAUUUUUGUAUUUCCUUUUACUGUAAGUUAUAACUAGAAAAAUAAUGCCUCUGACUUUGUUCCUUGUAAAUAUAUAUA